AUGAAAGACCUGAGAUACAAAGGUAAUCCGUACAGUUGGGUUGGUAAACGACAAAAAGAAGUUAUUGAAUCAUGUCUGGACAGAGCCUUCAUUAAUACGGAUUGGCAAGCCAUCUAUCCUGCGUCAGAAACAGAAUUUCUACCAAUCGCCGGGUCAGAUCAUGCCCCUGUUAUUAUUCACAUCGCAGAGGAGGUUUGUGUCAAAAGAGGACAAUUCAGGUACGAUAAACGUCAUUCCCGAUCUGAGGAUUUUAUUGCUUCUGUCAAACGUGGGUGGAGACUUGGUAGAACAGAUGCACACGGAGAUAUUCAACACAAACUGCGGUGUUGUCGUAAAGAAAUCGCAAAGUGGAAGAGAAGCACAAAGAGAAAUUCAGCGGAACAGAUUAACAUUCUAAAACAUCGCAUAGAUGCUGCAGAAAGAGACAUAUCGACACCUUUGGCAACUUUAAAUCGCCUGCGAAGUGAGCUUAAUCGUGCAUACAGAGAAGAAGAAACCUUCUGGAAGCUAAAAAGCAUAAAUCAAUGGUUGAAAUUGGGUGAGCGUAACACUAAAUAUUUCCAGGCUGCUUGUAAAGUCCGUAAGUCGAGGAACCGAAUCAAAUCAAUCAUUGAUGAUCAAGGUGUGGAACAUUUCCGUGACGAUGCUAUAGGUAAAGUGGCUGAAAACUAUUUCUCCGAGCUGUUUACUACGUCUCAACAUUCAGAUAUGGAAGCGAUAAUCUCCGAUAUUGACCCGCGAGAGCAGAUAGAGCACCGGGAACUGAUGGUUUCUCAGCGGCUUUCUACCAUCAAUUUUGGGAUGAAGUUGGAGACGAUGUUUGUGCAAUGGUAA